CAACAUGAGGGCAGGACAACUCACACUGGGACUCCUGGCGAUUUGCCUCUGCAUUUGGCUAACCAAUGCAGCUACCACGUCCUCUUCCACAUCCUCCACAUCAACAACAUCGACUACCACUUCAAGUACUACAACAACAACUACUACAGAUGCCACCACCACCACAACCACCAAAUCCACGAAAAAGCACAGAAAACAUUUUACCAUUUCAAAUCUCCAUUACACGAUAAAGAGAAGGAUUAAGGUAAACAAAAAUGGAAGCUCUAGUUCCACCUCGUCCACCAGGUCGAGGUCCAGGGCGAGGAAUCGGUCGGGCAGGCGAGUGGUCCUGGUUCGCAAUCGCAAUUAUCGCAAUUUGAGACGUCGGGGAUAAGCAUGGAAUUAUAAUCUGUUUUGUAAAGCAAUAAAC